AUGGGGGUUGGAGCCGGGAACAGAGACACGGGGAGACCGGGGCAGAGAGAUCGGCAGGGGAAGCACUGUAGCACGGAGCGGCGAGGGCUGGGGCAGGCUGGAGAUGCAGAGAGACAAGAUGAUGAGAGACAAGAUGAUCAGAGACAGGAUGAUGAGGGACAGGAUGAUGAGAGACAAGAUGAUGAGGGAGAGGAUGAUGAGGGACAGGAUGAUGAGGGACAGGAUGAUGAGAGACAAGAUGAUGAGGGAGAGGAUGAUGAGGGACAGGAUGAUGAGGGACAGGAUGAUGAGGUAAAGGAUGAUGAGGGACAGGAUGAUGAGGGAGAGGAUGAUGAGAGACAAGAUGAUGAGGGAGAGGAUGAUGAGGGACAGGAUGAUGAGGGACAGGAUGAUGAGGUAAAGGAUGAUGAGGGACAGGAUGAUGAGGGAGAGGAUGAUGAGGGACAGGAUGAUGAGGGACAGGAUGAUGAGGUAAAGGAUGAUGAGGGACAGGAUGAUGAGGGAGAGGAUGAUGAGAGACAAGAUGAUGAGGGAGAGGAUGAUGAGGGACAGGAUGAUGAGGGACAGGAUGAUGAGGGAAAGGAUGAUGAGGGACAGGAUGAUGAGGGACAGGAUGAUGAGGGACAGGAUGAUGAGGGUCAGGAUGAUGAAGGAGAUGCAGACAGUCAGGACGAUGAGGGACAAGAUGAUGAGAGACAGGAUGAUGAGAGACAGGAUGAUGAGAAACAAGAUGAUGAGGGACAAGAUGAUGAGAGACAGGAUGAUGAGAGACAGGAUGAUGAGAGACAAGAUGAUGAGAGACAGGAUGAUGAACGAGAUGCAGACAGUCAGGACGAUGAGGGACAAGAUGAUGAGAGACAGGAUGAUGAGGGACAGGAUGAUGAGAGACAGGAUGAUGAGAGACAGGAUUAUGGGGGACAGGAUGAUGAGAGACAAGAUGAUGAGAGACAAGAUGACGAGGGACAGGAUGAUGAGAGACAAGAUGAUGAGGGACAGGAUGAUGAGGGAGAUCUCACUGAUGAGAUCAACACCAACAUGUAUGCUCUGCAGAAAGGGAAAGAUAAUCUGGCGCAGAACAGUGACCAAAGUACCCAUCUCCUGCCAGUGUUUGUGGCCAGGGUGGGAGGGGUCAGCCACAUCUUUCUAGUAUUCAGAGUUCUAGUGGCGUACAGGUCCUGGAGCGACAGCAGAUUGCAGCCAAUCACCAUCUCUGGAGACCGAAUGAUGCGCUGCAGUCUGCCCCAGUCCUUGGCUGUGAUAGCAGCGUACCAGAUGAUUAUUGUUUUGCUGUUCGGUGUUUCUCGUUUGUCCUUGUUUUGCCUGUUUGUGUUUUUGGGAUUCUGCUUGUACCUGUUUUGGAUUUGCCUUCUGUUCUCGGGACAUCUUUUGUUGGGACAAAGGAUGGAGACGCCUCAAGAAGUCAUCUUGGGAAUUUUAGAACAUUUGGGAACCGACGACUUUGAAAACUUUAAGUGGUACCUGCAGCAGAAAGGGACCCUAAAAAACUUCCCUGCAAUUAGAAAGAGUAAACUAGAGAAUGUUAACAGGGUGAACACAGUGGAUACAAUGUUCCAGAACUACAGUAUAAACACUAUUAAAGUGACCAGAAUAGUUUUAGUGAAGAUCAAUCAAAAUGAUCUAGUGGAGAAGUUAUCAAACAUCAUCUCAGAACCUGCAGAGAUUCUUGCUGCGUGCCAGCAAAAAGUCAAAUCCAACUUACAUAAGACGUUCCAGUGUGUGUUUGAGGGAAUUGCUAAACCAGGAAACCCAACCAUUCUGAAUAAGAUGUUCGCAGAGAUCUACAUCACAGAGGAAGGGACUGCAGGGGUCAAUGCUGAACACGACGUCAGACAGAUUGAAAUAGCAUCCUGGAAACCAGACAGACCAGAAACAACAAUCACAUAUGAAGACAUAUUUAAAGCCCGACCUGGAAGAGAACCAAUAAGAACAGUGAUGACAAAGGGAGUGGCUGGCAUCGGGAAAACAGUCUUAACACAAAAGUUCACUCUGGACUGGGCUGAAGGCAAAGCCAACCAGGACAUGCAGUUCACAUUUCCAUUCACCUUCAGAGAGCUGAAUGUGCUGAAAGAGAAAAAGUACAGCUUGAUGGAACUUGUUCAUCACUUCUUUAGUGAAACCAAAGAAGCAGGAAUCUGCAGGUUUGAAGAGUUCCCGGUUGUGUUCAUCUUUGACGGUCUGGAUGAGUGUCGACUUCCUCUGGACUUCCACAACACUGAGAUCCUGACUGAUGUUACAGAAUCCACCUCAGUUGAUGUGCUGCUGACAAACCUCAUCAGGGGGAAACUGCUUCCCUCUGCUCACCUCUGGAUAACCACACGACCUGCAGGAGCCAAUCAGAUCCCUCCUGACUGUGUUGACAUGGUGACAGAGGUCAGAGGGUUCACUAACCUACAGAAGGAGGAGUAUUUCAGGAAGAGAUUCAGAGAUGAGGAUCAGGCCGACAGAAUCAUCUCCCACAUCAAGACAUCACGAAGCCUCAACAUCAUGUGCCACAUCCCAGUCUUCUGCUGGAUCACUGCUACAGUUCUGGAGGACUUGUUGAAGACCAGAGAGGGAGGAGAGCUGCCUAAGACCCUGACUGAGAUGUAUAUCCACUUCCUGGUGGUUCAGUCUAAACAGAAGGACGUCAAGUAUGAUGGAGGAGCUGAGACAGAUCCACUAUGGAGUCUAGAAACCAGGAAGAUGAUUGAGUCCCUGGGAAAACUGGCUUUUGAGCAGCUACAGAAAGGCAACCUGAUCUUCUAUGAAUCAGACCUGACAGAAUGUGGCAUCAAUAUCACAGCAGCCUCAGUGUACUCAGGAGUGUUCACACAGAUCUUUAAAGAGGAGAGAGUACUUUACCAGGACAAGGUGUUCACCUUCAUCCAUCUGAGUGUUCAGGAGUUUCUGGCUGCUCUUCAUGUCCAUCUUACAUUCACCAACUCUGGAGUCAACCUGCUGUCAGAAGAACAAACAACAUCAAUACAGUUCUACCAGAGUGCUGUGGACAAGGCCUUACAGAGUAUGAAUGGACACCUUGACUUGUUUCUCCGCUUCCUCAUGGGUCUUUCUCUCGAGACUAAUCAGACUCUCCUACGAGGCCUGCUGACAAAGACAGGAAUUAGCUCACAGACCAAUCAGGAAACAGUGGAGUACAUCAAGAAGAAGAUCAACGGGCAUCUGGCUGCAGAGAGAAGCAUCAAUCUGUUCCACUGUCUGAAUGAACUAAAUGAUCAUUCUCUAGUGGAGCAGAUCCAACGGUCCCUGAGUUCAGAAAGUCUCUCCGUAGGUAAACUGUCUCCUGCUCAGUGGUCAGCUCUGGUCUUCAUCUUACUGUCAUCAGAAGUUCUGGACGUGUUCGACCUGAAGAAAUACAAAGCUUCAGAGGAGGCUCUUCUGAGGCUGCUGCCAGUGGUCAAAGCCUCCAAAAAAGCUGUGUAA